AUGGAGCGCGGCCCCGGGGCCAGCGCCGCUGGCAUCAGGUACAGCGCCCAGCUGCAGGACAUGAAGAACCUGGAGGAAGGGGUGGAGUUCCUCCCUGCCAUGAACUCCAAGAAGAUGGAGAAGCGUGGCCCGAGGCGGCGGGUGGUCAUCGCUGUCACCAUCGCUGUGUUCCUGCUCCUCUCCCUGGUCACUGGCCUCCUGGUUUGGCACUUCAAAUAUAGGAACGCUCCUGUCCGGAAGGUUUUCAAUGGCCACUUGAGGGUUCUGAACUGGGAAUUUGUUGAUGCUUAUGAGAACUCCAGCUCACCAGAGUUCCAGAUGCUGGCCAAGAAGGUGAAGAGCACGGUGGAGGAGAUCUACAGGAACCACGCAGAUAUUGGCCCAUACCACAAAGAGACACUGAUAACUGCCUUCAGUGAAGGCAGUGUCAUUGCCUACUACUGGUCAGAGUUCCUUGUCCCCAAGUACCGGGAGGAGAGGCUGGACGUGGCAAUGGCAGACAAGCAGAGCCUGGUGCAGAGGUGGAACCCUCGCCUGCGGAACCCCAUGCUGAAGGUGGAGUCGGUCGUCGCCUUCCCUGCUGACCCCAGCAUAGCUCAUUCCACUCGGGACAACAGCUGCAUCUUUGCUCUCCAUGCCAAGGAAGGGGAGAUCACCACUUUCACCACCCCAGGCUUCCCCAACAGCCCCUACCCCAACAAUGCACUCUGCUACUGGACACUGAGGGCAGAUGCCAACUCCAUCAUCAGCCUGACCUUCAAGACACUGGAGCUGGAGCAGUGCAGAGAUGGCAGUGACUACAUCAAGGUGUACAACUCUCUGAGCCCUGUGGAGCCCCAUGCCUUGGUCAGGCUCUGUGGGAAUUAUGCCCCUUCCUACAACCUGACCUUCCUGUCCUCCCAGAACGUCAUGCUCGUCACGCUGGUUACCAACAAGGAGGGCAGAUUCCCUGGCUUCAAAGCUGAGUUCUUCCAGCUCCCAAAGAUGAAAGCCUGUGGUGGGACUCUGAGAGGAGAGAGUGGCACCUUCACAACUCCCUACUACCCAGCACACUAUGCCCCAGACAUGGACUGUGUCUGGAACAUAGAGGUUCCCUCUAGAAAGAACGUGAAGGUGCGUUUCAACAUGUUCUUCGUGCUGGAGCCUGGCAUCCCAGUCACCUCCUGCACCAAGGACUAUGUGCAGAUCAACAGCACCAGGUACUGUGGGGAGCGUUCCCAGUUCGUGGUGGCCAGCACCACCAACAGAAUGGAGGUGCAGUUCCACUCAGACCAGUCCUACACAGACACUGGCUUCUCUGCUGACUACCUGUCCUACGACUCCAGUGACCCCUGCCCUGGGAAGUUCACCUGCAACACGGGGCGCUGCAUCGACAGGAGCAUGCGCUGCGACGGCUGGCUGGACUGUGUGGAUGGCAGCGACGAGAGGGCCUGCACCUGUACAGAGCAGCAGUUCAGGUGCCAGAAUGGUUGGUGCAAGCCCAAGUUCUGGGUCUGUGACAACGUCAAUGACUGUGGGGACAACAGUGAUGAGCUGCAGUGCAGCUGUGCAGCUGACAGCUUCAAGUGUGACAAUGGGAAGUGCAUCCCCGAGGUGCAGAAGUGUGAUGGCAAGGACAACUGUGGGGAUGGGAGCGACGAGGGCAGCUGCAGCAAGGUGCACAAAACAGUCCCCUGCAAGGAGCACACCUACAGGUGCCGCAGCGGGGACUGCAUCAGCAAGCAGAACCCCGAGUGCGACGGAGAGCAGGACUGCCAGGACAACUCCGAUGAGGAGAACUGCGACUGUGGGAUCCGCUCCUUCACCAGGAAGUCACGGAUUGUCGGCGGGCAGGACUCUGACACGGGAGAGUGGCCCUGGCAGGUCAGCCUCCAUGUCAAGGGCCAGGGCCACAUCUGUGGGGCCUCACUGAUCUCAGACAGAUGGCUGGUGUCAGCAGCACACUGCUUCCAGGAGCUGCAGCAUAUCAAGUACUCAGAUCCCAGCCUGUGGACAGCCUACCUGGGCCUGACCAACCAAGGGAACCGCAACGCGGCCAACGUGCAGCCGCGCAAGAUCAAGAGAAUCAUCUCCCACCCCUACUUCAACGACUACACCUACGACUACGACGUGGCUGUGAUGGAGCUGCAGAGCCCUGUCACCUUCUCCUCUGUUGUCCAGCCCAUCUGCCUGCCUGAUGCCACCCACAGCUUCCCUGUCGGCAAGGACAUGUGGGUAACUGGAUGGGGAGCGACCCAGGAAGGAGGCAGUGGAGCCUCCAUCCUGCAGAAAGCUGAGAUCCGACUGAUCAACCAAACUGUGUGCAACCAGCUGCUGACAGACCAGCUGAGCCCACGCAUGAUGUGUGUGGGCAUCCUGACCGGCGGCACUGACGCCUGCCAGGGAGACUCCGGGGGGCCCCUGGUCAGCGUGGAGCCCAGCGGCAGGAUGUUCCUGGCCGGCGUGGUGAGCUGGGGCGAUGGCUGCGCCCAGAGGAACAAGCCUGGAGUCUACACUCGCCUCACCAGCCUGAGGGACUGGGUCAGACAGCAGACAGGCCUCUAG